AGAGCACUUUUGAAACCCUAGCAAUUAGAGAGCAUCAACGCAGAGUUCAUCGGCGACGACUGAUUUUGCAGAAAGAUGGGGCACUCUAACAUCUGGAACUCUCACCCUAAAACCUACGGCCCUGGAUCCCGCACCUGUCGGGUUUGCGGAAAUCCACAUGGAUUGAUUAGAAAGUACGGUCUGAUGUGCUGCAGACAGUGCUUCCGCAGCAACUCCAAGGAAAUUGGCUUCAUUAAGUAUCGCUAAGCUGUGGUUGGCAAAGGCUAUUACAGCUGAAGAGGAUGUUCUUUUUUUUUUUUUUCCGAUUUUUUCUCAUGUUGGAUUUCUAGAAGACGAUGGUGAAUCAAUUUGUAUGAGAGUGAUUGUUCUAGUCAAUGAUUCAACUCUUGUUUGAUUUCUGAACCAACUAGCUUAUAUAUUUGAUUUCUGUUUUUUGCUUGAUAUUGAAGCAAUCUAUUUCGACUUUGUUAA